AUGAGCUGCAUUACUCGUUUUCUGCUAUUCCUAUUGCCCUUCUUAGUUAGUUGCAAUAUAUGCAAUGAUCGAAUUCGUCUUAACAGACAACAACAGAAACCUUCAACUUACUGUUCAUCGUGCGCAAAAUAUAUCGAUGAACAAACAUUAGCUCCUAUUAUAGAAAUCGAUUUGCCAUCAUUAACACAAUUGACUGGUAUAUUUAUUCAAAAUUUAAAUCAAGAUCAAGGAAGAAAAACAAAAAUAGAUUCAUAUUUUAUUGAAUAUCGACGAACACAAGAUGGGCCUUGGCAUGCUUAUGGAAAACGUCAUCAACGAAAAUUGUUUAUCGAAAGACGUCGCUUAUUUUUUAAUGGCAAUGCUAAUUCAAAUGAAACACGUACAUUUCUUCCAUACAUUAUCGCACGGCAACUUCGAAUUAUUUUCGUAACAUCAUCUGUAUCAAUAUGUACAGUCAUUCAAGUCUAUGGUUGCCUAUCUCAAAAUGGUCUCAUUUCGACGCGCUUUCCUCAGCGAUCAAUUAUUAAUACUGAUUUAAAAUAUGAUGGUUUGAUUACAAAUACAACUGCUCGAGGUGGUUUAGGUAUGUUAACUGAUGCAGAUACAUAUCAAUUUAUUCAUUGGUCUCCAUCGUCAGAACCAAUUUUAAUUCUUUUUGCUUUUGAUUCAAUAAGAGAAUUUCAAUCAAUAAAUCUUGACUUAAAAUGUUCUUCAUUAUUAUCAUCAACUUGUUCAUUAAAGAUCAAUGUUGGAAUAUCAGAAAUAGUUAAAUCAAAUAAUAAUAAUCUUUGGACAAAUCGUUUUCAUUCAAUUUCAAUCAAUAGCAAUCAAUAUCGUGAUAAUAUAACAGUAAUACAUCUUAUACUCCCUGUAUCACAGACGAAAGGUCAAUUUGUAAUUAUACAAAUUGAUACAAAAGAAGGUUUAGCACUUAGUGAAGUAACCUUUAAUAAUCGAAAUGAAUAUGACGAUCAAGAUAUUAUACCAUCAUCAAUUUAUAUUGAAGCCAAUCUACGUCGAUUAGAAUUAUUAGCAAUUACUUCUAUAUCAAAUGAAAUUAUACUUCAACAUAGAUUAUCAUAUUUGUUGAUUUUUAUCUUAAUCAUUUGUGCUCUACUCUUAAUGUUUUUACUUAUUUCAUGUAUGUUUAGAGAGAAAAGAUUACAUAAUAUUGAAAUAAUCACUGAAGAAAACGAUCACGGUUCCACUUUAUCCAUAACGCGCUCAACGAACGAUGAAACAACUCAUAAUCAUUCUCAAUUAGAUUUAUAUUCGAAUCCCGAAAAUAACGACGAUAAAUUAACAUCAGAUUGUUUACGGCUUAUUAAUUCAGAAAAAAUUGUUAAUGAAAGUGCAAAAGCAACAAUACGUACACUGACGUCACAUCGACAAUCUCGAGUACAACGAUACUCCUGGUUCAAUUUUCAUUCUAUCUAUGAUCAUUUAUCUGAAUUAGAUUCAAAUGAAAUAGUAAUCAUGCAGAAUCUUGGGAUUCAAAAUAAUCGUCAGUGUUUUUAUAGCGAAUAUGGUCAAAAUAAAUUAUCUGUUAUACUAUAUGAACAUGAAAAUAAUGAAUUUUUCAAUUUAUCGAAAUUAGUCGAUCAUAAAAAUAUAGUUUCUUGUCUUGGUUAUGUUUAUGUAUCGCCUGAACGAUGUCUUCUAGUCAGUGAAUAUAGUCGAGUGAAUUUAUUAGAAUAUUGUCAAACGAUGAUGACUGAAAAUGAAAAUAAUUUAACAAUUCUUAUGGAAUAUCUCUAUGAAAUUGUUUCAGCUCUAAUUCAUCUUGAAUCAUUAAAUAUAAUUUUACGUGAUUUAACAUUGCCAAAUUGUCUUCUAUUUGAUAAUAACAUCAUAAAAUUAUCUGAUUAUGCGAAACAAGACGAUCGUUAUGUAUCGAGAUAUGUUCAACAAAUGCCGAUUCGAUGGUUACCUGGUGAUAUUGUUACAGGAGAUGAAAUUUGGUCUAUCGGAACAAAUACAUAUAUGUUUGGUGCUCUUAUAUUUGAACUAUUCCAUUGGGGUGCUUGUGUCCCAUAUAAUGAUUUAAAUGAUGAUGAAGUUUUGCAAUUCUUUCAUGAUUUAUGGCCAACCUCAAAACAAAAUAGUAUCGAGCCAUCUGUUCUUUUUUUUUCAACGUAUUUUCCACGUCCAAAUCUAUGCAACGAUCGUCUUUAUGCUUUAAUCGAACGUUGUCUUUCAUGGUCAAGUUUAGAUCGACCGUCAUUUCGAGAAAUAAGUCUCUGUAUAGAUGAAACAACAACUAUGCUGCCUUCAUGA